CCCCGAAGAUGGAGAGCAGCACGGACGUCUUAGCUGUAGCUCUCUUCAUUUUAGCGGCCUUACUCUUGUGUGUCGAAACUUCAGAGGUGUUACCAGAUUCAAAGGAGCAUAAUGACGGUGUCAGCGAUUCUAAAAUACAAGUACGUUCUGAAAAUUUUUCACGCAGUAAAAGGAACAACUCCGAAGUACAUGUAGAUAAAUGGUUUCAACCAAAUAUUGUUGAUGACGAGGACUACUGGGACACCUUAUUUGGAGAUGGUGUGGAAGAACACGUUCCUAAAUCGGACGCGAGUGUUGCUAAUAUUAUUCAGACAUCAGAAACACCUCACCUCAGUCUGAUGCAGCCUACCUCAAGACGCUCGGUAGGAUUUCGUGUUGAUCAUAGUUACGCCAAACCUGGACCACACAUAGGACGGAGCCUUCCAGAGCCAGGUACAUGGUUUGGACCUCGUGUUGGACGCAGUAAUCCUGAUCCUGGAAUGUGGUUUGGACCUCGAGUUGGACGCAGCCAUCCAGAACCAGGGAUGUGGUUUGGACCUCGUGUUGGACGCAGCCAUCCAGAACCAGCAAUGUGGUUCGGACCUCGUAUUGGACGCAGCAGUCCAGAACCAGGCAUGUGGUUUGGACCUCGAGUUGGUCGCAGCCAUCCAGAACCAGGGAUGUGGUUUGGACCGCGCGUUGGACGCAGCCGUCCAGAACCAGGGACGUGGUUUGGACCUCGAGUUGGACGCAGCCAUCCAGAACCAGGGAUGUGGUUUGGACCUCGCGUUGGCCGGAGCCAUCCCGAACCAGGGAUGUGGUUUGGUCCACGUGUUGGACGCAGCUAUCCAGAACCAGGGAUGUGGUUUGGGCCCCGUGUUGGCCGCAGCCAUUCUGAAUCUGAGCUCAGAAUGUAGGACAGUCUUCUGUUUAAGGUGAAUCAUCCUGUUUUGACGACAUUUGGCAUGAGGCAGUUUCAACGCAAAUCUUCUACACGGAACUCUUAAAAGAAUGCUAAGACUUUCCUGUGUUUUUGUCAGUUGUUGUAGAACUACGAAUCUGUACUGUUCCUUGAAGAUUCAACAAUAAGAUUUCUGUUUAAAACCAGUGUGAUUACACCUAUUGUUGUCAUUUUUUUCUCUUUGGGGACUGAUAUACAGUCUUAUUUGACACCUGCCAGUUGUAAGCCAAUUCAUCUGCACGGACUUCUUUAAUAAGUGCUAGAAACUUUAUUCCGUUAUUGAAAGUUGUAAAACUACUAAUUUGUAAUGUUCU